CUUGAGAGAUUUCAAAGACUAACUUCAUAUAUAUUGGGGAUCAAAAUGACCUUUCACAAAAAUGGAAAAGGAAAAUUUCUGACAGAGGAGGUAGUUAAGUUCGUUGUGCAUUGUCGUUUUGAUUGCUUCUUCAUUUCCGUAGACAAACAAAUGCGAUUUUCAUUACCCUCAAAUCCCAAAUCAAGAACAUUCCAUUGCCAUAAUGUCCAAUCUUCCUCUUCUUAUGGUUUUUCUUUUGGCCCCUGCAUUGAUGUGUAGCAUUGUGGAGUCGAUGAUGUUCGAGCUGAAAUCCCCUCACACGAAGUGCAUUUCCGAGGACAUUAAGGCCAACACCUUCUCCUCCGGCAAUUACCACGUCAUUAACCCCAACAGCGUCGGCACCGUUCCUGAUCAUCACAAGAUCAUUGUUAGGGUGCGUUCGCCUAAUGGAAAUGGUUAUCACAUUGGAGAUAAUGUGCUGUAUGGUGAGUUUGCAUUUACUGCAGCUGAGUCUGGUGAUUACAGUGCUUGUUUUACGGUGGCAGCGCAUACCACGGAUACUGUUACCGUUGAUUUUGUUUGGAAAAGUGGGGUUGCUGCCAAGGACUGGAAAAAUGGUGGCAGGAAAAGCCACAUUGAUGAAAUGGAAAUGGAGUUAAAGAAGUUGAAUGACGCUGUCACAUCUAUCCACGACGAGAUGUUUUAUCUUCGCGAAAGGGAGACAGAGAGGCAAUUUCUUACGGACGAGACUAACAGCAAGAUGUUCAACUACAGUUUUCUUUCAAUUUUAGUUUGCUUGUCUGUGGCUGGUUUGCAACUAUGGCAUUUGAAGACAUUCUUUGAGAGGAAGAAGCUCCUCUAAGAUGGGUUUUACUCAUUUGGAUUUGUUCAUUUUGGCACUUGACAGGUUAUUGAAUGUGUUUCGUUUAUAAUGACUACAACUUGUUACUUCCAAUUGUUUAUUAUACUGAUGGAAUGUAACACUGGAUUAGUAAAUUUCAGAUCUUUUUAAGGUUUACAAAAUGUAUACAGUUGGUUUAAGUUUUUAU